UUAUAUAGUCUUGUGCAUUAUAUCAUAAGCUUCCGGUUUAAAUUAUCAAGAACGACAAAUCUCGCUUACUCGUUAUUUUUAUUUAGAAAAUACAAAUAUGCCAAGGAGCAGGAGUAGAUCCCCAAAACGAGAAAGGAAAAGAUCAAGGUCUAGAGAGAGAGAGAGAUCCAGGGAUAGAGAAAGGCACAGAAGACACAGAAGAAGUAGGUCAAGAUCUAGGGACAAAGGUCGUAGAAGGUCAAGGUCAAGAGAGAGGAGACAUGAGAGGGAUGAAAGACGUCGUGACCGUAGUGACAGUCACAGGGAUCGUGGUCGUGGGCGGAAACCAGAAGAGGAAUCGGACGAUGAUGAGCUAAUAUUCUUAUCAGUUGAAAAACCUCCUGUAUCAGAGGAGGAUUUACAGAAUAUGCCUGAAGAUGAGCAGGAACUUAUGAAAGUAAUGGGCUUCUCAGGAUUCGAUACAACUAAAGAUAAACAAGUUGUUGGCAAUGAACACUAUUCAGCAAAUAUUUGCAAGAAAAGACGUUAUAGACAAUACAUGAACAGAAAAGGGGGAUUCAAUCGACCAUUGGAUUUUAUAGCUUGAUAUUGUGUUAGGAUCUCAGACUACCAAGACUAAAUGUGUAUCAAAAUUGGUGGUUUAAAAACAAAACUUGAUGGUUUAAGAUUUUACAGAAUUAUGGUUAUUUCAGUGAUUUGACAAAAUUUGUGUUAGUCAAGACAAGUAAAAUGAAUGUGCUUAAACGCUACUGUUAUUUUACCUACAUAUAAGAGUUUGACACUUUGUGUGUUUUUAGCUCGACUAUAGGAUAAGAAUAAGUAGAGCUAUUGUAGUCACCCGAGCGUCGGCAUAACCACUUAUGUUAAAGUUUUUGUAAUAGUUCAAAUAUUUUCCAAGUCCAUUGACAUAUGGCUUUGAAACUUUGCACACUUGUUCACCAUCAUGACCCCAACCUGUAGACAGGAGGAGGUAACUCUAUCAAGCAUUUUGACAGAAUUAUGCCCCUUUUUUGACUUAGAAUUUACGUUAAAGUUUUUGUAAUAGUUCAAAUAUUUUCAAAGUCCAUUGACUUAUGGCUUUGAAACUUUGCACACUUGUUCACCAUCAUAACCCCAACCUGUAAACAGGAGGAGGUAACUCUAUCAAGCAUUUUGACAGAAUUAUGCCCCUUUUUCGACUUAGGAUUUAUGUUAAAGUUUUUGUAAUACCGCAAAUAUUUUCAAAGUCCAUUGAUAUAUGUCUUUGAAACUUUGCACACUUGUUCACCAUCAUAACCCCAACCUGUAAACAGGAGGAGGUAACUCUAUCAAGCAUUUUGACAGAAUUAUGCCCCUUUUUCGACUUGGAAUUUGCGUUGAAGUUUCUGUAAUACCUCAAAUAUUUUCAAAGUCCAUUGACAUAUGGCUUUGAAACUUUGCACACUUGUUCACCAUCAUCACCCCAACCUGUAAACUGGAGGAGGUAACUGUAUCAAGCAUAUUUUUUUUUACUAUCAAGCACUAAGAAUAGUCAAGCGUUGCUGUCCUACCGACAGCUCUUGUUUAUCAUGUAAUACUUUAAAGGCACAUUAUGCCUUAGGAAGAAAUACCCUUCUUAAAUGGGGCAAACAUGAGUUUUAUAAUGUUUAAUUAAUAGUUUUAUAGCAUGUUAGAAAGAGGGUUAGAAUGUGAAAUUUUUUGUGAGAAAAGUACUGUACUAAUUGCUAAAAAGCUACAGAAGCAAAGAUGGUUGAGGUAAUUGGCCGAUGAGUAAAAUUUGGAAACAAAAACAUAACAUUGAAAAUAAGCUCUUGAGAAGCAAAAAUAAAAACAUUUCUUUGAUGUAAUAGGCCUUUAAAUCCCUAGUUUGCAUAAUUUUAAGUCUGAGGUUUUGUGAAAAAUAUGUAGAUCUAGUGUUUUGCAGAAAAUAGCUGAAAUAUCACAGUGAAUUACAUCUUUUAAAUAUUGUUAGAGAAUUGUCAAAAUAUAAUCACAAUUAAGUCAACUGUAUGUAGAAUAGUGAUAUGAAAACUUUAAGUAGAAAUACAAUUUUUUCAGAUUUUUUCAGAUUUUUAUGAGCAUUUAUGCAAACAUAUUAAAAUUGCACAUCUCAAAGAAAUUAGAACAUAAACAGUGUGCUGUCAUGAACAAAGAAGAAAAAUGAAAUCACUGUGCCAUGUCUGUCAGACAUAUACAAUUCAUUGUGUACCAUGCUUUGUGAUUGCAGGCACAUGUUUCCUCUAUUUGCUGUACCUUUCUUUGGAGCCUACAUGUAUAUAUUUUAUCUUGUACCAUUGUUGCAAAAAUAAAAAGUAUACUUGAGUUGCGUCACGACAAAACCAACAUAGUGCAUUUGUGACCAGCAUGGAUCCAGACCAGCCUGCGCUUCCGCACAGUCUGAUCAGGAUCCAUGCUGUUCGCUAUCAGUUUCUCUACAUGUAAUAGGGUUGGUAAGCGAACAUCAUGGAUCCUGAUCAGACUGUGCGGAUGCGCAGGUUGGUCUGGAUCCAUGCUGGUCGCAAACCCACUAUGUUGUUUUUGUCAUGACACGGCUCACUUGUUGAUUGUGGUAAUUUGAGUGCAUAAGUUCUUUUGCCACCAGUAUAGAACCAGGCUAGUUUGAACACCUGUUCAGUCUGACCAGGCUAUUUAUACUGUUAGUAACUGAAUUUUGUUGGCAGUCUCCUGGAGUAGACCCUUAUGUAUAUUUCAGAAGUAAAACUUGUAUAUAAUACAUUAAAGAAAAUUGAAUGAACCUUAUAUAUACAUUACUCCUGGUUUAGACCCCAAGGUCUAUUCCAGGAUAUAGCCAUUUUGUAUUUUGAUAUGGAAAUCUAUUUUCAAAUGGGAACUGUUUCAAAUUAAAAUUAAGCCUAAUCCAUUUCACAAAUUACACAGAUAACUGAAUAAAUAUCUUGAAUCUUGAGGUACAAGUCUUUAGCAAGUUUUUAGAUCUGUAUGUAAUAGUAUGUUUUUUAUCAUUUAUUCAAGCAAUUUCAUUGUACCAUUAACACAAUUUUUUAUUCAAAUAUUGUCAUCGGUACCAUUUUACCAUCCUGUCAUCAUUGAGCACUUAUAAGAAAUGUUCAUGUAUAUAUUACCUGUUGUGUAAAUUAAAAAAAAUAAAGUUAAAAAAUAAAA